CAAGGGUAUACAAUUUUGUUUGGAUUUUUCAUCGGUUUUCACCAAAGUUCUUCUACUAAAAUUAUCUAAUUUUAAACAACUUAAAAAAAACGGUGUUCCAACAUAAAUUAAUUCAGCUGAAAGAAAAAUGGAUAGUCUCAUUGAUGAAGUUGAAUCUUUGGAAGCAAUAUUAAUGGAAGAUGUUAAAAUUCAUCGAAAUUCGCAAACUAAUGUUCCUGAGAUUAUUGAAACAACCAUUUUCCCUAUUGGAACAGAAUCAGAUCGUUACAUUUGCGUUACUUUACAAGUAAUUCCUUCUUCUGGUUAUCCCGAAAUUUCACCAAAAUUUAAUCUCCUGAAACCUAGAGGUCUAGAUGAUCAAAGGCUCAACGAAAUUAAGUCAGCUUGUGUUACAAAAUUGAACGAAUCUUUGGGUUAUCCUGUUGUUUUUGACUUGAUAGAAGUAGUUCGAGAACAUUUGACAGGAAGCAACUUGCCAAGUGGUCAAUGUGUAAUAUGCCUUUAUGGAUUUCAAGAAGGUGAUGAAUUCAUUAAAACCGAAUGCUUUCAUUAUUUGCACAGUUUUUGCUUGGCCCGUCAUUUAGUCGCUUCGAAACGUAAUUGGCAAGAGGAAAUCAAUAAGUUGCCUGCUUGGUUAAAGAAAACAGCAGAAGCGUUCCAAGCUGUAUGCCCAGUAUGUCGAGAAAAAAUUCCUGAUAAUGUUGAUGCUUUGCGAGAUGCUAAGCCACCAUCUGAAUUAGAGAAUGCUCCAGAUUUUGAAUUAACGAAAGAUUUGAAAGAACUGCAACAAAGGAUGUCAAACUUAUUUUUGCGUCAAAAAAGUCGUGGAGCCAUUAUAGAUAUAAGCGCAGAGGAGAAAAAUGUUAUUUCAAUUGAAACAGAAGACCAGAUGCUGGCUAGAUUAGAGCAAGAACGCGCAAGAAAAUUGGCUGCUACGCAGGCAGGUCAAAAACAUAUGAGUGAUGCUGCAAGUUCUAUAGCAAAUGGUGAAGAAAUUAAUGAGAACGGGGAAAGAAAUGUGCCAAAUCCGCCUAAUGGGCAGAAUUGUAACAAUACUAGCAAUAAUAGUGCCAGUUCCAGUCGAAUAACAGUCAACCACACAAAUUUUGCACCAAUUAUUAACACUGCACCUACACGCUACUCGCCAGCUGAACCAACUAAUAAUAAUUAUAAUCAUCAAUAUAAUAGACGACACUUUAGAGGAGGUAACAGACGCUUUCAUCGUGAUAGAGACCGCUUCCGUGGUGAAAGGGACCAACAACAACAGCAGCAGCAAAUAUCAGAAGAAAACGGCGGAAAUAUUUCGGCAAAUAAUCCAACAACUAAUAUAACUGAGAGCAAUUCUAACUCUUCCGGUACAGCUAAUGGAAAAGGUCGGUAUUCGAGCGGUAAAAAUCAGAAAUCAGGAUCACAUAAAAGGUGACAAAAGUUGCAAGAUUAUUUCAAGUCAAGCUGCUUAAACUGUAGCAAUUUUGAUUGCCAAAAAUAUGGCAUUUUCAGAAAAUACGACAACAUGAGUAAAUCUAUAAUACCAUUUUUAUUGUCUUUAUGAUUUAUCUUAAUAGAAGUUUUAUCAAAAAAAGAUCCACUCGAAACAAAAGUAAAAAUAUUCGAAAUUUCAAAAUACAAUAACAAUUCAAUUUUAAAUAGCUGUUCUCCAAAGAGUCGAUAUCUACUAAAUUUAUUGUCAUCAUUAAAAGGAAUAAUACAUAGAAUCGUAGUUGUAGUAGCAAUGGUAGUAAUGAUAGUUCCGCUAAUACUAGUUUUUGUGGUAGCUUUGAUCAGAAAAAUUUCAAAAGAAAUUCGAAUUGGUGUUUAUUAUUUAAUUUGUGAUGGAAUAAUUUUAUUCAAAAGGUGCAGUAAAAACAGGAGUAAAAAAAUCAUUUCUAGUUUUAAAAUAAUAACGUGAUUUUAAUAUUAAUAUAUUUGAUAUGAUUUAUUUAGUUAGUUUAAGAUAAUUUUUUUAAAUGAAAUAUUUGUGAUAUUUUAAUCUAAUUUAAUUAAAAUGAUAUUAUUGUUUAAGCUUCAUAAACACCAUUGACUAAAAAAAUUUUUUUUUGUGCUGCUAAAAUUUUUUUUAAUUCAACAUUAAUUGGAUCAAAACUAUAAAGUACUUAUGAAACAGAUUAUUUUGGUAUGAAACCGAAAAAUAUAUUAAUAAUAAAUUAUAAAUCAAAAUUUACUAGAAUUCUUUCAACCAAGUUUUUAUUGCA